UCUCGAGGAGCAGGCAGCUUCCGCAGGUCUCAUUAUAAGAUGGAAAACCAGGUCUAGUGGACCGGUCCAAAUCCGGGGCACAUGUACGGUGCCUAACGGGCGUCCUGCAUUUGAUUAAAUACAAGGGUUUACAGUGGCGAGUGACGGUCCACCGGAGCUGGUUUAUAUAAUAAUUUCUCUGGGUCUCUGCAUCGGUGUUCCUGUUGUGGAGAAGCGGCUUUCCAUGUAGUGGUCGUAAAAAUUUGAACUUCUCAACAGCAGCAGCUCGUCUUCUUCCUUUCCUCUCGUCCUCCCUUCCUCCCUUCCUCCCUAUACCCUUCGUUUCUUUCAAGAUCCCACUCCUUUUGCACCUUUUUGCUUAUUCUGUGUAUAUCUUGGAGCCAUGGUUUUCUUCAGAAGCGUUGCGGUGCUCUCAAAGCUCCGUUCUCGUCUUGGUCAGCAGUCCACUUCAUUGGGUUCUGUCCGGUGGUUGCAAAUCCAGAGCGCUUCACAUCAUGAUCUUCAUUCGCAAUUGAAGGAUUUGAUUCCAGAGCAACAGGAACGCUCGAAGAAACUGAAAGCAGAAAAUGGAAAAGUUCAACUUGGAAACAUCACUGUUGAUAUGGUUAUUGGUGGAAUGAGAGGAAUGACUGGGCUGCUGUGGGAGACAUCUUUACUUGAUCCAGAUGAGGGCAUUAGGUUUAGGGGCCUCCCUAUUCCUGAAUGUCAGAAACUGCUGCCUGCUGCGAGUCCUGGGGGGGAGCCAUUGCCUGAGGGUCUUCUGUGGCUUCUUUUGACUGGCAAGGUGCCAAGCAAACAACAAGUUGAUGCACUAUCAAAGGAACUGCACAGUCGCUCAAAAGUCCCAGAUCAUGUUUACAAGGCGAUCAAUGCUCUUCCACCAACAGCUCAUCCAAUGACACAGUUUACCACUGGUGUUAUGGCACUACAGGUUGAAAGCGAAUUUCAAAAGGCAUAUGAUAAAGGGUUAUCUAAAGCAAAGUUCUGGGAGCCAACAUAUGAGGACUCUAUGAACUUAAUUGCGCGACUUCCAGUGGUGGCUUCUUUUGUUUAUCGAAGGAUUUACAAGGAAGGGCAAAUCAUACCUGCUGACAGUUCUCUGGAUUAUGGUGCAAAUUUUUCUCACAUGCUGGGAUAUGAUGACCCAAAAAUGAUGGAGUUGAUGAGACUUUAUGUAACAAUUCACAGUGACCAUGAGGGUGGAAAUGUCAGCGCACAUACUGCGCAUCUGGUUGGUAGUGCUUUAUCAGAUCCAUACCUUUCAUUUGCAGCUGCACUUAAUGGUUUGGCUGGACCACUCCAUGGUUUGGCUAAUCAGGAAGUGCUGCUAUGGAUCAAAUCCCUGGUGGAAGAGUGUGGAGAAAACAUUACAACUGAACAGUUGAAAGACUAUAUUUGGAUGACUUUAAAUAGUGGCAAGGUUGUUCCCGGAUACGGACAUGGAGUUUUACGUAAAACAGAUCCAAGAUAUACAUGCCAAAGGGAAUUUGCAUUGAAGCAUUUACCUGAUGAUCCACUGUUCCAGCUGGUUUCAAAGUUGUAUGAAGUUGUUCCUCCAAUACUGACUGAACUAGGGAAGGUCAAGAAUCCAUGGCCCAAUGUUGAUGCUCAUAGUGGAGUUUUGCUGAACCAUUUUGGUUUAUCUGAAGCAAGGUAUUACACUGUUCUAUUUGGUGUCUCAAGAAGCAUUGGGAUAGGCUCCCAGCUAAUAUGGGAUCGUGCGCUUGGAUUACCGCUGGAGAGGCCAAAGAGUGUCACGAUGGAAUGGCUUGAAAACUACAAGAAAGCCGCUUAAGUGGACAAGCAUCAAAGGCUCAUGAUCGAGGAUUAAUCACCAUAGAAGGAUUUUCUUGCAUGAUAAGGGAAACGGGGACUCGAGAGGCGGGACUUGUAUGCCUUGUUUCACUGGGAAGAAUAAUUUGAGCACCAUUCUUUUCUUAUGAAGCAGUCAACAACCUUUGAUGGUCAUCCAUCUAUGGUCAGAGUGAUUGAUCUGAUGUUUUAACGGCUUGGAGCCUGAGGGAUGAGCACCAUUUCAGCUCAGUUUUUAUUUGUUGAUCUAAUAUCCCAUGGGGUCAAACUUGUUCCCCCGGGAUCUGGAGGUUUGAACCACCCUCUGAGGGAUCCAAUUUAUUCUUUUCCUGUUGCGAUUAGUUUUUUCUUCUGCUCUGAAAGUUAGAAACAGUCUAGAAGGAAGUUGGGAUGGAUAUUUUUGAUCCAACUUAUUCUCCUUUG